AAUGUAUUCUGGCUUGUGUGUGGUUCUGAUGCUGGUGCUCCUCCAAUGUGCCUGCCAGGCUAACGUCUGGGACGAUUACCAGUUGGAAACGAACAAAGCCAUUUGCGAACUACCCCCCGACUAUGGAAGGUGUAGCAAAUAUACCAAAAUGUGGUACUACGAUAAUGAGAGACGGCGUUGUAAGACCUUCAUCUAUUCGGUCUGUGGUGGCAAUGCGAAUCGGUUCUACACCAAAAGGGAGUGCGAGGAAUUCUGCCGAUAUGAUGCCUCUGUCGAAACUGAGAACGCCUUCAUUCGAGUUGGAUCGUUCAUGCACGUUCGUCCCUAACCAAUUAUUUUGGAGCCGACAAGUUAUUUUCGUAUUGAAAAACUACUUUAAAGAAGGUUAGAGAAUCGAGAUAUUGUAUGGAAUGAUUCGAUUUUUGAUUUUUUUCUUUAUUUUGUUAAGAACAUUGCCCAUUUGUCCUUUCAAUAAAAUAAUAUAUUUUUGUGUAGAGUUGAA